UGCCCCGGCACAGCACACACACUUUGCAGCCUCUUGCCUCAUCCUGCCUGUGCAUUGGGGGGCGCUUUUCUUCUUUCUCCAGCUCAACUACCAAGAUGCCCCAGCUACUGCGGAACAUCAAUGGGAUCAUCAGUGCUUUCCAACGCUACGCCAGGACCGAGGGCGACUGCGCGGUGCUCAGCCGGGGGGAGCUGAAAGGGCUCCUGGAGCACGAGUUUGCAGAUGUCAUCGUGAAACCCCACGACCCGGCCACUGUGGAUGCAGUCCUGCGCCUGCUGGAUGAAGACGACACAGGGACUGUAGAAUUCAAGGAAUUCCUGGUCUUGGUGUUUAAAGUCGCACAGGCUUGUUUUAAGACCUUGAGUGAGAGUCCUGGGGGAGCUUGUGGACCACAAGAGUCUAGAAGCUGCCCCCCUGGGGCCUCGCCAGAGCUGGGAGAAGGACAGAGAAGUGUCGGAAGUGUCGCAGAAUCGGGAAGCACUGGGGAAGGACAGCAUCAUGAGAGUAGCAGUGGUGGACAGAGCAGACAGGCUUCCAGAGAGCAGGGCGGAACUAAGGCUCAGCCCCAGGGUCAGGACACCAGCUCUUCUCAGGUUAGUCACCACGAGCGGCAGCACGAGCCCCAGGGUCAGGACACCAGCUCUUCUCAGGUCAGUCACCACGAGAGGCAACAUGAGCCCCAGGAUCAGGACACCAGCUCUUCUCAGGUCAGUCACCGCGAGAGGCAGCACGAACCCCAGGGUCAGGACACCAGCUCUUCUCAGGUCAGUCACCACAAGGGGCAGCACGAGCCCCAGGGUCAGGAGAAAGAGAGACAACAGACACAAGCGAGCAAGCAUAUAAAGCCAAACCAGAGAGUGGGAGAAGACCAGAGCCAUCAGGCCAGAGAGAGGGUGUCAGAGAGACCAUCACAGACUAGGGAACAGAACAGAAAACACCAGACAAGUGAGACUAUUACUGGAACUGGAGCUCAGACCCAGACAGGUACCACCCAAACCAUGGAGCAGCAUAGGAGCCAGCCGAUGGGAAACACCAGCACCCAGCCACAGGAGGCCACCUAUGGCCAGACCAAAGGGACUGAGACCCACAGUCAAGACAGGAGCCAGAUGAGCCAGGUAGUGACAGGAGGACACAUUCAGACAGAGACAGGGUCACAUAUCCAGACAGUGGAUCAGGGCAGAAGCCAGACUCCAAGCCAGAUAGGGGCUAGAGAACAGGGACAGACCCAGAUGGAGCCAGGAAGUGGUCAAAGGUGGACACAAGCGAGCAGCUCUGAGGCAGAAGAGACAGUGCCGAGAGGACAGGCCCAGACUGGAACCAGCACUCUGACAGGCAAGCAGGACAGCAGCAGCACUCACCCAGGGAGCGGGGCGACAGGAGGACAGGAAGAAGAAGAGCCCUUGGUGGUUAAGGAGGAGUGGGUUGAUGACCACACAAGGGAGAUGGUGAUUCCAAGCGAGGACCAGGGCAGCCUGCACACUGCUGUGCCUUCAGUGCAGGGCCAGGAGGAAGCCCAGCCCGAAGGGAAGCGAGGCCUCACAGCCAGGGCGCUGUAUUCCUACUUCAAAAGCAACAAGCCAUGAGUGUCCCACCCCUGGACUCCAGUGCCUAGAACCAGAAGACAGCUAGAAAGACACUGGCUUGUCCUGCCCUGGCCAGUCCACCUGGCAUGUCCCUGGACAUAAGAUCUUAAUCAUGGUGCUUCUCUCUUAGGUCUUGCUCAGUGAGGCCAUUUCUGCAAGGUGCUUUCUGUCUGAAACUCUUCUCUCUUGCCUGCUCUGCUGUGCAGACCCUCUUAAAAGCAGGAAGACGUAGAGCAAGUUAUCCCUUUUAACCGAAUGUUGCUCAGUGUGUGGGGUUUUUCAUAGAGACAAACUGCCAUCUGUCCACUGCCACAUCUAUCCUGGUGCAUCAAUAAAAUCUGUCUAAACAA